AUGAACAUUGAAGAAUGUACAGACUCGGUUGCCAAGGCUCACCUUUUUGCCGGGCUCACAGCCACCACUUUGGGCUCAAGUCCUGACCAACAGUUCAAAGGCGUUGGAGAAGUAGACACUUGCAAUGUCCUCCGCCAAAGUGUCCGCAUGCCAGCCGGGUCGUUUGGACUUCUGCUUCAUUCACAGACGAAAACCCUCGACAGUAAAUCCGAGGGGUCUGUUGCAAAUCACUGGCAACUCGCCCAUUUGCACGUCUCCAAGACAUGCUCCUCGGCCUCGGAGGCCGGUCAUGAUUGGGCCAAUCUGAAAGGACGCUCCUCUUCGGUCUUCAGAGGCGCCAAUAAUGAACCGGGGCAAAAUGCGACUGAUCUGCUGUCUCGCUGUCCGCUUGCCAGACUCGUCUAUCCGUUCGACCUCAGCUUUACACCUUUAGAGAUGGGGCGAUGUGUUUUGACCCGUCUUCUGCGUAAACUUGGUUGUCACGAGCUGCACGAGUUGCUGCAGCUUAGGACAGAAUUGUUAAAAGCAAUGACGCUGGCGACUAGACGUCGGGUAAUCAAUCAGUAA